AUGUACGCGAAAAUAGAGCGGUUACUGUCGCAGGUCGAAAGCGAAAGCGGCCAUGGCAUACUAGGCAAGAAGCGCACACCAAGUGCAUUCCGCAGCCCAAACAUAACCACUGGCAUACCACCCCUAGACGACGCACUCAAGGAGCACACAGCCAACAUCACACAGGAGGAGCAACAUCCACGGCCACCAUUAUUUGAGCUUCUAGGAGCAUCAGGCAGCGGCAAAACACAAAUGCUCUACCGAAUCUGCGUAUCCACCGCAAUGCCACGGUCAGCCAAGCUUUCCAACGGCACGACUGUUGAUCUACAGGGCCAUUCGGCGCACGUUCUUCUGGUGGACAUUGACGGCAAAAUGUCAAUGGAUAUCCUGGCGCAUCAAAUACGCGAACGCGCACGGGAAUUAAUAGAAAAAAACAAGGGGCUGGAAUUCAACAAUAGUGAGGAGGAAGAGGAGGAGCGGGUGGUGGAAGAGGCUCUAGGCCGUAUUCGCGUUUUCACACCCGAGUCGACACACUCCCUGGUGGCCACACUAGCGCUGCUCCCGCGGUACGCGCAGGAUAUAGAUGCCCCUUUGGUGCUUCUUGUAGAUGGGCUUGGGGCGAACUUUUGGCUGGAUAAGCGAACGAGCGACCAUAUGUGGUUGAAGAUCAAGCGCGCAACGCCGUGGUUUAGACUCCAACAGGUGAUGGUGGAUACGCUACAGCAGGUACAUCUUGCCCUGGGGUGUCUCUGUGUGGUAACCAGUGGGUUGUUUUUGAGGAGCACUGAGGGGUCGGGGUUGGUUAGGAUGGCGUCACAAGAAUCCGCAUCUUCGGCGAGUCAGGGGAGCCAGCAGGCUGCUGGUGGCGGUGGGCAGCAGGGUGCAAGGAGCAUUGAGGUUGGACAAUGUGUUUACCGCGACCAUAUGAUUCCGAGGUGGAAAAGUGCUGUUACUGGGUCGUUUGUGCUCGAGAGUAUGCCGGGAGCUGGGCACGGCGGGAUGGUGGAUUGUCCGGUCACGAAGAUUACGCUGAUGAAUGUUGGUGGUCAACAGAACCAGAAUCAGCAACAGGCUUUGGGUAAUCCGUUGCAAAAGUAUACGAUGUAUGUAGGGACCCGCGCGGAAUGUCAGAAAAACGCGUGCUGA